GCAGUGGCUUUUUGUUGGUGAACUUUUUGCGUCGUACACGCUUAUUGUAUCGGCAGUGUAAAGUCAAGGCGACAAUAGUUUCGAUGCUAGAAAAAAUGGACGAGGAAAUUAUAAAUUUGAAAGAGUGCCACUGCUACGUGCUGAGAGAUCAGGAAUGUUAUUUCAAUUGGGUCGUCAAGGAAUUCGACAUAAUCAAAGCAAAGGAGAGAAUGGCAUCGAGAGGAUGCAUCGAAGCGUGUUCGGAUAUCAGCGAAUGUAAAUUUUGCUGUUUCGAAGGUAAAUGGCGAAACUACGUUGAGCCGACCCAUUUCCUUGACGGUGAAGACGAUGAGACAUUCAAUCGAGACAAAGGUCAUAUCCAUAAAUUCGUGUCAUGGAACGGUGAAAUGACCUUUCUCGAGACAUUCAUUGGUGAAUACGAACAGGCAGAGAAGCGGCUCGACUAUCUAAAUUCGGUGAUUAAUGAUCGCAUCGGAGGGCAGGACCGUCGCUUGGAUUAUUUGGACGGGUACAAAUAUAUUCGUGAGAUGCUUGGGGCGUACAUACAAUUUUGUAAAUUGUCGCUAAGCCGUUCUGAUCGGGCUUCGCUGCCAAGUUUCAACCAAUUAAGCACGCCAGCUCAGAUCGGUGUUCUGAGUUUGAAAUUUCUAUUUUGCAAGGAAACGAAAGAAUCAUUCGAAGCACAAAUUCAAAUACUGCGAAAGCUGAUCGAACUGGAUCCUUUGAACGCCAUUUGGCAUGAAUCACUUGGACUUCGGCUGCGAUUGGUGAAGAAUGAUGCUGUAAGAUUGGGACGAAAAACAGUCAAAUGGUGCAGCCCCGAACAAUCGACUGCAUUCGCAACGGCGUACAGUCUCCGUCCGGACAUACCCAGAUUUUUUGCGUCGUUCAGUCGCAAUGUGGCUGAAUCGUGGAAAAAUUGUGGUUACCAGUCGCAGACCCAACCCAUCACACUCAGUAUCCAGAAUCAAUCGUUCGACACUGUUGAAGAUGCUCUCAAUUUUCUGAAAAGGAACACAAGAUUUCUAUUGGAGGUCGUUGACGAUAUUGCGUCUAAGGCUGAUACUGCAAGGUCAUUGUCCUCGUUGGGCGAAGUGUUUUCAGUUAGCCUGCCGAUUCGGUUGCGAGAUCUGGAAUUAGCGGAAGAAUGUAUCAAAGUGGCCAUCCGACUCAAUCCGUCAUGUUCGAAGUCCAAUCAUCGAAUGGGACUUUUCCAGUUCUUCAAGCGUCGCAAUUUCGAUAGUGGGCUGAGCUAUUUGGUAUCGGCAGUCGGUAGCAAAACGGAAAACUUCUAUGCCGUCGUGGAUUGGAUUCAACUUCUAAUUUACAAAGGUGAAAUGAAAUCGGAAACGCUGCGCGAAAUUUUCGAAAACAUUUUGUCGACGGAUUUCAAGUGGACUGCAGUUCAAACGGCCCGACUAACGUUCCUAAAAGGUUGCUUCAACUUUAUUGUGAAAGGCAAUAAAGAGGAGACAAUGGACUCGUGGAUUCAAGCGUACAACCUGGACGCAGAAACGCUCCACUUUUCGAUGGCAUUCCACGAAGCAAAACGUUUCCAGUGGAAGUGCUUUGAUGUGAAAGACAUUUUGACGGUAUUGACGUCUUCAAAGUUGAAAGCUGAUCCCAUUGUUAAAAAAAUGGUCAACGAGAUUCGUGCCAGAGGUGCUGCGUUGAAAGAGAAUUUUCAAUUUAACGAUGCAAAAUCGAAACAGAAAUAAAUUUGGAUUUUCUUCUAUGGUCGGAGAAAAGUAAGAAGUCACAAUUCCAGUCCAAUUCCCUUCAAGUCAACAAUAAAAUUUUGUUAAUUGAUUCAUUGUCGUUUUGACAAAAUAAAGUAACUUUUCGCCGUAACAAUCCCGCCUUCGCAUAACC